AUGUUCUUGGCCGUCUUCAAACUUCCGCAGUUGCGGCUCUUUCCUUGGUUAACCGGCUGCCCUGACCAGAGAUGUCAAUGGCAAUUUUGCGUAUCCGUUAUUAUUGGCUUGCUGCGCAGCAUAUGCUUUGGUCAUGUUGUGGAUGAUACGUGCUUGGCGCUCUUCGUCGCAUUGUCCCCGUUAGACGCCACUAAUUGGGACAAACAUCGCGCAUGGGAUGUCAGCCAUAACACUGGAGCGGUGUAUCUGCGACUGGGUGCCUGCGUGUCACGAGCGAGGCAAAAAGUGGCGAAGAGCUCUACGCUACGACUAAGCCCGAAGGACACUGAGUGGCUGGCUCAGACUAAGCUACGUUGUUACCCGCUGGUACUCCGCCCCUCGCCUAAACUCCAACAUUUGGAGAACACAACUCGUCUCACAAUACCAGGCGAACAUCGGAUCAUCGCUUAUACAAGUGGCAACUUGCGAGUAUGGAUCUUGAGUAGUGGUGACCAGAUAGGUGGUAGACUCCAUGAGGCCUUCUCAUGCCCUAACCCCGAAAACAGUCUCGGCGGGUUUCAAUCCCGAUUUCGAGUGAAUGCCUGCGAGUUCGGCUUCAUUGGAGAGUCCCGCAAAGAGAGUGACGACAUCCAUGGCCCCGCCGGGCCUGGUGCUCAGCGGUCGUGCCGCACCGUGGUAGUCCCGAUCAUAAUGCUACCCAAAGCGGCAUAUCGGCAUCUGCCAAAUUUCAAAUUCCUCGCUUGGCCUGCCAAAUCACUCUGA